GUCUGUGUGUUCACUCUGCUGGGACUCAACCGGAGCAGUGCUAGAGGCUUCUAGCUCAGGAACAAAAACAUGCAGGCAGUUAUUACAAGAAAUGGAUGUGAAACUCCAGAGCCAGUGAAAGCUGAAGUGAAAGGAUCUGUCCCUUCCUGGCUGCAGGGCACCCUGCUGAGGAAUGGGCCUGGCCUGUUCUCCAUAGGGAACUCUGAGUACAACCACUGGUUUGACGGCUUGUCGCUCAUCCACAGCUUCACCUUCAGCAAUGGAGAGGUGACUUACAGAAGUAAGUUUCUGAAGAGCGAGACCUACAAGAGAAACGUCAAGGCCAACAAGAUUGUCGUCUCAGAGUUUGGAACUGUGAUCUACCCCGAUCCCUGCAAGAACAUCUUCUCCAGGACAUUCACGCACCUCCAGAACAUCAUCCCUGACUUCACCGACAACAACUUGAUCAACAUCAUUCGUUACGGUCAGGACUACUAUGCCUCCUCUGAGAUCAAUUACAUAAAUCAGAUCGACCCUGAUACUCUGGAAACUAUCGGCAGGAUAAACUACAGGAAUCACAUUGCCUUGAACUUAGCAACGGCUCAUCCACACUACGAUGAGGAGGGCAACACCUACAAUAUGGGCUCUGCUAUCAUAGGCUUUGGCCGGCCAAAAUACAUGAUCUUCAAAGUCCCGGCUGAUACCUCGGAUAAAAAUCCUAAAAAGCCGGCACUGAGGAAAGUACAGCAGAUCUGUUCGAUCCCUUUUCGCUCCUCUCUGUGCCCAAGCUACUUCCACAGCUUUGGCAUGACUGAGAACUACAUUGUGUUUGUGGAGCAGCCCUUCAAACUGGACAUCCUUAAACUUGCCACUGCCUACUUCAGAGGGAUCAACUGGGGAAGCUGCCUCAAAUUUGAUGAGGAUGAUAUCACAUUGUUUCAUAUCAUCAAUAUAAAGACAGGAAAGGCAAUCUCUACCCGUUUUUAUACUGAUGCCCUGGUGGUUUUCCACCACAUCAAUGCCUAUGAGGAUGAUGGCCAUGUGGUGUUUGACCUGAUCAGCUACAAGGACAGCAACCUGUACAACAUGUUCUACCUCGAGAACUUGAAAAAGGACACCAGCCACUUCAUCCAGACCCAUAAGAGUUUCUCCCCACCAUCCUGCCAGAGAUUUGUUAUUCCGCUCAAUGUCCACAAGGAGUCUCCCAGAGGAUGUAACCUGGUGACUCUGAGUGACACAACAGCACAGGCAGUUUUGCAGGAGGACGGAUCAAUCUACUGUCAGCCUGACACUCUGUUUGAAGGUAUGGAGCUGCCCGGGAUCAACUACAAAUUCAACGCUAAAAAGUACAGAUACUUCUAUGGCUCCAGGCUAGAGUGGUCUCCUCACCCCAACAAGAUCGCCAAGUUUGACAUCGUCACAAGGAAACACUUUGAAUGGGAGCAGGAAAACUGCUACCCUUCAGAGCCGGUGUUUGUCGCAUCUCCCGGAGCUGUGGAGGAAGAUGAUGGAGUUAUCCUGUCAUCCGUUAUUUCUUCAGAUCCCAGCAUUUCCCCGUUCAUGCUCGUCCUCAAUGCCAAAACGUUUGAGGAGCUCGCCCGAGCCUCCAUCCCCACCACCGUCCACAUAGACCUCCAUGGACUUUUCAUCCCCGCCGCUGACUCAUCAUAAUAUUUCAUCUUUUAAGUGAACAAUGAAAUCAAGGUUUUUUGAAACUUUUUAAGCUACAUUAGAAUUUAAAACAGUGGGCACAAAAGUAUAAAAGUACUCACUUUGCCUUUGGUGUUCUUAAAGCACUUUAAGAUUGAUUUAGGGGAAUAUUUAUAUUUAUAAAAAUGCAAAUGAAAAAAGUGAAGAAACAUUUUUUGUUUACAGUGAGAGCAGCAGUGUCUGAAAAUCUCAUUAUAGCUGUGCAGUUUCCACCUCAGCAGGGUGGAGAAAUUUUUGGUAUAUUAACAUUUUUCUUCAUUUCCAGAAAUAUAAUUUUGUAAAGUAAAAAUGUCAAUAAAUUAAAAAUAAAUACAGUACCAGUCAAAAGUUUGAACAUGGGUGAACCUUCGACUGGCACUGUAAAUAAAUAAAACAUUAGAAGACUACUCAAAUUUUAGACUGAAAUGAGUUUUCUCAUGCAAACAACAAACAUCUGUUCUCACAUUUACUACAUUUGCUGCCCUAAUUUAAAACCUAAUGAUCUGCAGGGUAUCAAGAGAAAUGUUAUGAUGUCCUGAAUGAACCAACAUGAUACUCAGCAGACCAGAAAUAUCACCUUGUGGUUUGAUGACCCCACCAACCAGUCAAGUUUACAUCCAUGUUUCCUUUUUGCUUAUUAAUGGUUGCUAUUCUUCCUCCAAAUCAAGAGUCUAUGGAUGGAUGGAGGAUUUUGUUUGCUGCACAGAUUUUU